AUGCAUCCACCACUGGAAUAUACUCAGCCGCCCCCUCAGGUAGCUUUGAUGAUGACCACAUCAGGGAAUGCUACCCCACAGGGAUACAGUGUUUUGCCUUUAGAGGAUAAUCGACCAACGUCUAGUGUCUCUCGCACUAAUACUCACAACCCUGCAGACUCACAACCAUCAUCAUCAUCUGCUUCACAACUUAUGAUGUCGAGUCUUUGCAUUCAACGUAAUAGUUCUGAGCCUAACACUCCAACCACAAAUCAGUCAGAUACACCUGGUCAUGACAAUACACAAGUUGGCAUGAGGGACAUGCAUAAUAGACUUGUCAUUGAGCCUGGAGGAUACACUUUCAAUCCAGAUGAUGUUGUGGGGAUCAUUUCUCAGACAAUCAAAGAACUCUAUAGAGAUGCUUAUCCUACAUGGGGCAAGUUCCCUAGCAAUCUCAAGAGACAAAUAUUUUUGGAGUUCAGGAAAAAAUGUGCUUGGCGUUCGGAACAUGAGGCCAAAAUUUGUGCAAACUUUCACAAGAAAGCUACGCAUACUCUUGCUAGUUUGUUUAAUAAAGCUCGUAGAGAUAAUAGCAAACCUAGCUGGGUUCUACCGGAUGAUUGGGAAAAAUUACUCGUGCAUUGGAAAUAUGAUCCAAAAUUUAAGCAGAUGAGUGAGAUCGGUAAAAAGGCAAGAUCAUCUACUAAGGGUGGUUCUCUACACACAAGUGGUGCUCAAAGUCAAGGAUGUGUGAGGAGGAAAUUGGAAAAGGAACUAGGAAGACCGAUAACUCAAGCUGAGGCAUUUAAGGCAACACACAUUAGAAAGAAGAAAAAUCCUGAAGAUCCAGACGUGUGGGUUGAACCGCAAGCUGAAGUGACCUAUGAUUUACAACAAUCUCUGCCGGAAGAAAAUCGAGGUAUGCCACUUACUCAAGAACAGGAUGAGAGAGUUUGGUUAGACUUGACUUGUGGGCCGAGUAGAUAUGGGUAUGCAUAUGGAAUGCUGCAUAAAACCUUUCGUGAAUUUUCUUCUGAGUUUGAAGGCCUAAAUAGUUCAAAUAAUGAUGAAUCAAUGAAGAAAAAUUUGGCUAUGGAGAAAAAGAUUGUUGAGCUAUCUUGCCAAGCCGAAGAAUCACGGGCUAGGGAAAGGUGGUUGGAAUUACAGUUUGCGGGUCUUAAAGCUCAAUUCGAUGCAUUACUUGCCUCAGGAGGGAUUCCCCCUUGUUCUGGUGAUGUCGCUUUCCCUCCUCGACCUCCUCAAUCUCAACCUACUCAAUAUUCAAUGUAUGGUCAACAAAGAAAUAUGACCCAUGAGAUUAGUAGUGAUGAAGAAAGUGAUGAUUAUGUGGCAAACACACUACCACAUUAG